AUGGAACACAACAACAAAAAACUCGGUUUAUUAGAUUGGUCUUUAUCUUGGUUCUAUGGUCCAGGGGCGCAAACUUCAAAACACGAAACUAAUAAUCAACAACAACAAAUCCAAUCUUCAUCAGAAACUAGAGAUCAUGGUGCUAAUAGACGUCAAGUCCUUGUGGUGCAAGAAAACCAAGAAGAUCCAGAGUUUUUAGAUGUCACUCCUCAAUCAUUAUCUUAUGCUGAAGCCGCUUCAAUGGCAAUUCAAGAUGAUCAUAAAGAUGCAAAUAAUAACAACAACAAAACUGAUGGUAAUGAUCAUAUUGUGGAUUCUAAUGAUUUGGAAGCUGAAGUUUUGGAUUAUCAAAUGUCUGAAUUCAUGAAACGUAAAAUUAAAUAUCAAAAUUAUGUUGCUUCAAAUUAUGAUUAUAAUAGAGAUUUGUCAUCUUCGACUAAAUUUAAUGACGAAUCUCUGGAUAUUGAAGAAGUUUUAUAUAAUGAUAAACAUCAUAGACGCUCCAAAAAGACUAAGUUCCUGAAAAAGGGUAAGAAUUAA